AUGUCGAAUGCUUCGCAGAGGGCCAGGUCGGAGCCGCGGGCCAAGGUUGAUCAGACCCUUCGGGGCUACGUCCGCUGUGUGCACUGCGCGUACAAGUGGAACUUCAAGUCCAGGGCUGAGUGCUUCCACUGCAAGAAGGCGCUCAAGCCGGCCGUCGUGGACGAGACUGCGCGGCCAUGGCCUGGGGCUUGGUCUUUCGUGCGGAAGCCGUGGGUGGCGCACGACGAUGCCUGGUACGUCGACACGCCGUCCGUGGCCAGCCUUCCCUCCGACGCCGAGUGCCUCGCGGCGCUGGCGGCACGGCACCCCGAGCAGUGUCAGAAGCUGGAGGCCAUCAAGUUGGCCGUCGCACCGCCCGUUGUGGCCACGGUGCUGCUCCACGUCGCCCUCAACCGCGCGCAGGCCAAGCAGCGGAGGGUUCAGGCGACCUUCGCGGCCAAGACCCAGCAGGUCCGCGACGCCGAGCAAUGGUUCCAGGUGUGCCGCGAAGAGGAGCUGCGCGCGGGGGAGGCACUCCUGGCGUGCAGCCUGGAAGUGGAGGAUGUCUACAAGGCCGCCGCGCCCAAGGGCAUCCAGGUGCAGGCGCAGGCAGAGCAGCAGCAGCCAGGAGGCGAGCCCAGGCCAGUCGUCGGGCUCAACGUCUCGGCGCUCUUGGCGGAGGAUUUCCAGGUCGAAGCGGGGGGCGCCUUUAAGCUCGACGAUCCCGACUUGGACAUCACAGAGGUCAAGCAGCACGUCCGCACCACCUUCGGCGACGCCAAGGCGCAGCUCGAGCAGAGGCGCAGCGAGAUCGACGCCAAGCACCAGUUGCACCUCGCCAGGCGCAGCGUCCCCGUACCGAAGCGGCAGCGCCAGAGCCAGCCGCCCCAGCACCAGCAGCUGGCCAGGCCGCGGCCGCGGGAGAAGACGAGCCGCCUGCAGCAGCGGCAGCCGCCGCCGCCCCCAGCCAGGACGCAGCCCCUGAGCAGCCACCUGGGGACGAUGCUGCUGCUGCUGGCGCUAGCCCUGCGGAGCCACUCAGCCUCCGCGGCCGCGAUGGCCCGGCCAGGCGGCGGCUCUCGUACCGCAGAGUGGAGGAGUUUCGCUCGGGAGGUGUGCGAAGAUGCUGGGAAUCGCUCGCGGAGCAUCGACACCAGGCCACUUCUACGGCAGACGUUGGAGGACGCGCAGGCAGCCGAGGAGGCCGCCUACGAGAGGGAGGCGGCCAAGCUGGACCGCACUCAGCCCGCGGAGGGGAGGUGGCUCGACCGACAAGCGCAACAGGCUACGACGAUUCAGGCCAACCUCACCGUGGUCAGCGUCGACAACCUACGAGGCAGGAGGCUCUGUGCCGUCCAGGAUCUGGAGCGCUCGGUGUGGCCGCAGACGCACCUCACGCCCGCGUUGUUCAGUGGAAAGCUCGACGCCGUUUGGCGACAUACCAUUUCAUGGCAUGGCCCUUGCAGAAUCUGGGAGGCUUGGCAGUUCACCUCCAUCAGGUCUACGGAGAUGCGUGCCCCGCCGACUUUGCCGCGAGCCACGCGGAUGUUUUCCUGGGUGAUGGAAUCCCUCGUGGGUUUGGAGGUCGCGAGGGCUCGCGAUGGAGCCAAGGGCAAGAAGUGCUCGUUCUGGCAGGCGGCCUGCCCCCCAGCAGGCCUUCAGCUGGGCAUGGCGGCCCGUGGGGUGCCGCCCAGCACUUCCGAGAGUUGGCUUGGCAUCGACUACGGCUUCAGCGUCGCAGCCGUGGGCCACUCAGCCCCUGUGUGGCCAUGCGGCCAGCUCUGCGACGAAGCCACCCAGUUCGGCACCAUGCAGCUCGGCUACUGGCAGUGCAGCAGCAGCCCGACCUGCGCCUCAGUGCGGGACCAGCUCUCACUGCACGGCGCGGCUCCCGCUCCCACCUGUCGGAUUGCCUGCCGCCUGGAGGCCAUCGCCCCCUCGUCCGAGGCGGCGAGGCGCCUGGGGGAGGGAGGUCCGCGACGGACCCCCUGCUACGGCCUGGCGCGGGCCCUCCCCGAGCAGCGCGUCUACUGGGUCGCCGAGGGCGACGACUCCGAGCUCAACCGCGCGCUGGUCUCGGAGGGCUCAGUUGUGGGCCUGGGCGACCUCAGCCACGGCGGCUGGCCGCCGCCACAGUGCAAGUCGGACGCUCACGAAGGGGGGCAGGGCCUCCUCGGCCCUCUACCUUGCCCCGGCCCGAGCUCGGUGAUGGCAGGUUUGUGGGGGCUGCUCCGCUUCCUCAGGCACGCGGUCGUCGUCGCGACCAUCAUCAUCGACAGCGACCUCGCAGACGUCUGGGCCAAGGCUGGGGCGGAUCUCAGUGCGCCGCCAGACUGGGCCUUGGCGCAGCUCAAGCAGGAACCCAAGGCCAACAAGUGCAGGCUGGAGUACAUGGGUCUUCUCGGAAAGGCCAAGCGGGGCGAGCCUCGCCCUCAGCAGCCGAGCACCAACGCGCCCUGGGCAGCCAGCCCCAAGACGGCGCCCAGGCAGCCACGCGUCUUGGGAGCGUGGCCUGGGUGCCACAAGUGCGUCAACUACGGCAAGGUGGCAGGCGCCCGUCUCGCGGCCUUUCAGCUGCCAGAAGGCCGUGGCCCACCCCAAGGGCUCCAGGGUCAGAACGCCAAGAGCACCGUCAAGAGGGGAUGUGUGGCGGUUCCCCUGCUAGUGGCAGCUGGCGCCACUGGCCGCGCCGUGCGCCAGCGUGCGGACCAUGAGGGCCAGGCCGAUGAGCUGCGGGUGCCAGACCAGCCCCCCCCGCAGGGGCUGCCUGCUCAGGACCCACUUUGGGCGCCAGUGGCAGCGGCCAGGGCAGCCUUGCGCAGGAUGGAGGCCCUGCCGGAUGGGCCUGGGUGCAUGGGCGCACCGCCCCCUGAGCUCACCCCAGAACAGCACCACGCGAGGUCGGUCAUUGACGACGCGGUGGUGUGGGCCUCUUUCUGGAUCGACAGGUUCGACCUGGAUGACUACACCAAUGAGUGGGGCUACCGCCCGUGGUGCUCCGAGUACCUGGAGGUGUUCCUGGGUGCCGAAGCCUGGUCACACGUCCGAGAGCACCUCCUCAGGAGCAACCCUGGGCGCACGCUGCGGCAGAUCGUCGACGACCUGUGUGCCGCGUCAUGGACGAGGGCGGAGCCAGCUAGACAGGUACAGUUGGCCAGGAUGAGGUCGGACUCGGACUUGAGCAGCAGGCAGAGACGACGGCUCCUACGGCAUCACUUCGACGUGUUGCACCAUAUCAGGGUGCGCUUCAGGAGCUUGCUGGGGGACCGCGCUCCACCCGAAACAGCCCCGCGGCAUCAGUGGGGCUUCGAGCCGCUCUCCUCGGGUUCCGACGAUCAAGGUGGAGAUGUGGCUGGUCAAGCUCAGGAGUGCGCCCGCGGCUACGACGAUGGCGGCGAGUGCGCGGUCCUCAGUGGGCGCAGUGACAGGGCGUGCGUCGCAGAGGGCGCGCGGGAGCUUGCCUGCCGCGGGCAGCCUGCGCCCGUGGAGCCACGGGCGGCCUCGGCGGAGCCGCGGCCACACACCGUCGAGAUCGUCGGCACGUUCGCGGUGUGCGUCGUGUGUGGGUCGUACUCCGGCUCGGUGACCAGGGCCACCGGCGGCCCCUGCAGGCGGCUUGAUCCCAAGGCUCGGAAGGCGGCGGAAGGUCGCUCGAGGGCCCAGCGCACGGGCCUGGAGAGGGGCGGCCCCGACGGCUGCGCCGCCACGCUGGACGGCGAGAACGCCAGUGGUGAGGGCUGCCUCGCGCUCGGGUUCGACCCCAGGCAGCUCGGCUGCCACACCUGCGACACGCUGAGGAUCCGUCUCGAGGAGGCCGGGGGCGUCGGCUUGGGGCUGUUCGAUGAAUGCAGCAGGUGCUGCCAGCGGGCCCCGCAGGUGGAGCGGUUCGACAAGGGCACCCUGCUGGCCGACGCGUCCGCCCAGGAGAUCGGGACCAGGACCUGCACGAUUUUAUCAAGCGCAAGGCUCCGAUGUACCCAAGCCUGGAGGUCGAGUACAUGGACGGGGUGA